AUGGCACCCACUGCUAUCGACCACCGCAGCUCUAUAGGGUUUGAAAGUACCUUGAGCGGUGCCCCGCCUCCGUGCUAUAGCUCUCAAAUGGGCUCUGCGUCUGGGACGCCAACACUUGACGGGGACUGUUUUAACGACGACAAUGCUGACGAUGAGCAACCCUCCAUCAGCAGGUUACAGACAGAAUUUUACCAACUUCCGUCUCCAUACUCUGCCGAAGAGCUCGUUUCUAUGCCUCAGACGUACAGGAACUCUUGUAGCCACGGGUACACCCACACCCAUAGCCAAUGCACGUCGUCGUCUCCAACCGUCUACAACCCCAGUUUGAACCCCCACGUGAUAGACAUGAGCAAUUGCUCUCAGGCGCUUCCUUCUGUGGUUACCCCUCCUCGGGCAAGGACGUUGAGGUACUCAUCCCUUCCUAGCCCUGAUGAAGACCACAAUUCUCCCGCGAGGUCGUCCUCUUAUCACCCCGCUGCAUCAUACUCAGCCCACGGCCACCUUACGUACCUCUCCCAUGAUACCCACGAUCUUAACUGCGAACCUCAAGAUCAUGUAGUCAAAGGACUAUAUCCAGAAACUCAUAUCCACGGGGGCAGCACAGCGACAAUUUCAUUUCCACAACCCACUAACAUACUUGCCGAACCGGUCUCGGCUCAAACAACGAAGUCGAAGUCAAACCUUCCCGAAGCCCCUGUCCCUCCGAGAGCUCAUGCGAGUAAUUUCGUUGCGCUUUCCAGAUUAAGCACUCGCCAAAAGCGUGGCUUCUUUCAUAAAGUAACCUCUAUGUCUAUCACUGGGUCUUUUACUAUCGAUCCGCAAUUAAACAUUCCAUCAGGCCUUACGACAGCUCUUCCCGGUGCUCAAUCACCCCUCCUGCUCGGUCCGCGGGCACGUCGUUCACCGGCCCUUGAUGGGGGCCCUCGUGAAAACUUGAGAUUGGAAGUAGAGAAUGGAGGGAUUGACGUGGAUAUUCAUCUGGUUGGUUGUACCAGCAAAACUGUCACCUCGUCGAAUAUCCCAACCAGGAUUAGGCUCGCAUUGAAGACGGGAUCAGAUCCCAAGGCAAAAACGACGACGUUCCCUCUCGUCGCGCGAAUUCACGCCCCUAAACCCCGUCCUCCAUUCUUGCUUCGAGCCUCAACGAUUCCCUUUGCUCUACCCCCUCCUUCGCUCCCACUCACGCCUUCCAAGCUUGUGGAUAUUGCCAAUGAAACGCUGAACGCUAGAACAGGUUCAACAAGAUCGACACAACCCAACAACACCUCUGGGCGACCUAUUAGGCCAGUUCCCCAGCCCAUUAACACCAACUCAAAGUCACCUCUGACCCUCCAUCUUCCCCGUACCUUCCGCGGGCCUCUCACAAUCCACGUCGCAGCAGGCGACAUUGACGCACACGUCUUUCUCUCAAAGGAACUUCAAGAGGCAGUAGUCGUCUUGAGCGAGACGGCGCUGGAGAGGGGGUAUUUCGUCGGUGGGCUGGUUACACAGGACGAGGAAGAGGAGGAAGGAGAAGGGGAAGCAGUAACGUGUCUUUCGUGUGGGUGUCAGUGCGUGUGUGGAAUGGCGGAGUGCGAGAGCGACGGGGGGGAGGAAACAGGGGAGGGCGAUGGGCAUGAAGAUGGGGAGAGACGUGUAGAAGACGAGGAGUGGAGUGGAGAUCGGGUUGAGGUGUUGGUGGGGAGGGGGAAUGUGUACCUCCAAUUUAUGGGUGAGAAGGAUCCUCAUUGGCGUGAGGGAUGGUUUUGGGGUUGCACCGACAACGUGAGCAUUUUCACCUCGAACCUACUAGGCAGGAUGCUGCGCCGAUUUCGUUCAAGAAAGAUGCCCUCUCCCCCAUCCCUCCUCCAUCGAUUUCACACGAUGUUCAAGCGCCGAGGACGACCUACCCAGAGCGAAAAAGACAUAGCUAACCAUUCAAAUGAAUGGAAUAUACCCCUUCCCCCGGAUCUAAUGUAUUACAUCAUUGACGCCUACCUCGAAGCUUUGUGUGCCGCGAUCCCAGUUCUUCGGCCUUACUGCCACCCACGACCAUACCGACACAUGGCUGUCCACAUUCACAAAGAUUAUUUACCUCCUCAGGCGCACGAAGUUGACAUCGAACUAUCCGAAUCCCCUCUUACCCUCGACCAGGAGGACAAGUCCAUAUUCCUUCCGACUCAGCUACAUGACUUAGGCUAUGCUAGCACGGAAAAAGUGCGGGGCAUCCUGUCCCUGGUCAGACAUCUAACGCAUGAUCUAACGUCAAUCUAUCUGAAUGUCUCAGUAAGAUGGAAUGAGCUUGAUGAGUUCGUGAAAGUCUACAUCGUGACUCUUCUGCAGCGCAAUCGCUCAGUCAAGCUGAAUACCUUUGGCAUUCCAGUAAACCUAUUGGGUGUGGUGCAAAGUCUCAAAACGCUCGACGUGGAUAUGGAGUCUCUGGGGCAUCCCGACAAUGUUUCUUUGUCGGGACAAAGAGGAAAGGUGUACGUUGAAGAAGUUCGUCUCCGUGGCGGUCUCCAUUAUUGCCUCAUCGGCCCCGGGUCACCGUUCAAUUGGUCCAGAUUGAAGGCGAUUGAGUAUACCAGAUGUCGGGGUGGUCCACAAGGGCUACUUGAGUUGUGUUCCUCCUCUCUUCAAUCGCUAGAACUUGCCAUGUAUGGGGAAGAUGAUUAUAUCGACCGCGGCCUCGACCUUGGCAUUCUUACCGACCUCCGUCAUCUCACAUUAUCCAUCAGGCUUACCUAUUCUGUUGAACAAACAGUGUAUGACAAUCCCGGAAUUUACUCCUCAAUCGAGCCGUUUAGAUGGGUCCCCUACAUAUUGGCGUCCUGCAACGGGCACAACACUGUGGAGAAAAUCGUCCUUAUAAUGAUUACGGUAGACCCUCAAGCUUUGAGACAGUGUGACUGGCUCUCCGUGGAUAAAAUCUUCGAGGGGGAGGGGACAUGGAUGUCGCUGAAGGAGUAUUGGGAACUGGAAGCCGACCAGUUGGAGUAUAUUGAAGCUAGUCCGACACCUUGUCUUCAAGCAAGGGAGAAUCAGGAGCCUCCAAGUGGUUUCGUGGAUGCCAAGGGUCAAAAUGAAACGUAUCAACCUCUGCCAAGAAUUUUUUUGUCUGCUUUCCUCGUUCUAUAUUCAGCUCCAUUCCCUCGGCCACAUCCACCCAUUACUUUUCAGAUUCUCAAACCAGCCCAACUGCUCAUCUUCAUAGAGUAUUCGCACAUUGCCAUCCUCCACAUUGAUCUCCACCCGAUCCCCUUUCCAAUCGUUCAGAUUCCCAGAAUGAAGCUUGUUAUCUUCCUCCUCCACUUCCCCAUCCUCAUGCAACAGCCCAAUAAAGCAUCCUCGGUUGAUGGCAUCCUCGUCCAGUGGUACUGCUGUGCUCAACACGCUUGGGGAAAGGUCAUGGAGCAACUCCUGAAUUUGUAUGAACUCAAGUCAUUGGAUGGCACCCCCUUGGAUGGGCUAUUCCAUGCUAGACAUUUUCAUAGUUUCGUACCAGGGGAGGGCAUGGUGCUGGCAGUGGAACAGAAGGAGUUUGAGGAGGCACUAGCAGCAGAGAAAUCCAAGGAGACAGUGGCGGAAGAAAAGGUAGCAGAUGAUGAAGCGGAAGAGGCAGGGUUGGAGAGUCAAGGCGAAGAAGAGGGUGAAACUCAGACCAAUGAGAGGUUUUUCUAUGGGGAGGACGAAGAAGGGGUUCAAGACAAUGAGGAACUGGGCAUUGGUGCUAGAGUGGCAGUGAGGAGGUGA